AUGGAAACGAAACAAUCAAAACUUGCAAUUUGUGCUGCAGCAUAUUAUGUUAUGGCAAGUGGUGAAAUUUUAAUAAAUAAUAACAAAAAAGAUAGGGUGACAAGAAAGAGAAGACGAUAUUGGGUGAAUGAAUAUUAUAAAAGUCGAAAUAAGUACAAUGCGACAAAUAUGCUUUAUAAUAUGUAUGAUUUGACUUUAAACUCUACAAAAAAGUUUGAAAAUUUUUGCCGAAUGUCACCUGAAGAUUUUGAAUAUUUGUUAAAUAAAAUUGGUCCAUCAAUAACAAAAACUGACACCAAUAUGAGAAAAUCUAUCCCUAUCCAAGAAAAAUUAGCAGUUACAUUAAGACAUUUAGCUUCUGAAGACAGUUUUAUUAGUUUAUCUUAUAUGUUUAAAUUUUCUCCACAAUCAGUGUCAAGAUGUGUUCAAGAAGUAUGCAGUGCAUUAAUACAAGAAUUAAAAGAUGAAAUUAAGUUGCCCCAAACAACAGACGAAUGGCUGAAGGUUGCUCACGAGUUUAAUGAAAGGUGGAAUUUUCCUCACUGUUUGGGUGCAAUCGAUGGAAAACAUAUUGUUAUUCAAUGUCCAAUAAAUAGUGGCACGGAAUUUUACAAUUAUAAAGGAACAUUUAGCAUUGUCCUUAUGGCAUUAGUUGACGCAAACUAUAUGUUCGCCUAUGUCGAUAUUGGUUGCCAAGGUCGUUUAAAUGACAGUGGGGUUUUUAAAAACACGUCUUUGUGGCAUAAAUUAGAGGCAAAUGAAAUAAUGUUGCCAUUAGAUGAGCCACUCCCCUCAAAAACAGAAUUAAUGCCUUAUGUAUUCAUAGGAGAUGGUGCAUUUUCAUUGGGAAGAAAUAUGAUGAAGCCAUACUCAGGAGUUCAUGAAAAAGGCAGUAUGAAACGGAUAUUUAAUUACAGAUUAUCAAGAGCUCGACGGAUUGUCGAAAAUGCGUUCGGAAUUAUAUCGUCUGUUUUUCGUGUUUUCCGAAAACCUAUUUUACUGAACGAACAGAAAGUUACCGAUAUAACAAUGACGUGUGUAUUAUUACACAACUUUUUGAGGAAAAGCAAAACUUCUAAAUCAGAUUAUUCACCCCCGGGAACAUUUGAUUCUGAAAAAGAAAAUGAAUUUUGUCCGGGAUCCUGGAGAAAUGAUCAAGAUGAUAUGUCCUCUUUUGUACCACUAAGGAUAGUGCCUCGUAGAUCAGGACUUGAGGCAAUGAGGAUAAGGGAUUUGUUUGCAGAAUAUUUUGUUUCGAAUGGUGCGGUCACUUGGCAGAAUGAUAAAUAA